AAAUUAUCCUUCCUUCUCCAUUCUGUAUAGUAGAUUAUAGAGAAAAGAGGGAAAGAUAAGAAAAAGAGAUGGAGACCUUCCCAGUUGUUGACAUGGAGAUGCUUAACACUGAACAAAGGGCUGCAACUAUGGAGAAAUUAAAUGAUGCUUGUGAAAAUUGGGGCUUUCUUGAGUUGGUGAAUCAUGGGAUAUCUCAUGAGCUUAUGGACAAUGUGGAGAAGCUAACAAAGGAACAUUACAAGAAGUGUAUGGAACAAAAAUUCAAAGAAAUGGUGGCAAACAAAGGACUUGAGGCUGUUCAGACUGAGAUUGAUGAUUUGGAUUGGGAAAGUACUUUCUUUUUGAAACAUCUUCCUGUUUCAAACAUCUCAGAUGUUCCUGAUCUUGAUGAUGAUUACAGGAAGGUCAUGAAAGAAUUUGCAGAAAAGCUAGAGAAACUAGCAGAGGAUCUUUUGGACUUGCUAUGUGAGAACCUUGGCCUUGAACAAGGUUAUCUAAAGAAAGCUUUCUAUGGUACAAAAGGUCCAACGUUUGGAACAAAGGUAGCCAAUUACCCACCAUGUCCAAAACCAGAACUAAUUAAGGGUCUAAGGGCUCACACAGAUGCAGGUGGAAUCAUACUUUUAUUCCAAGAUGACAAAGUCAGUGGACUACAGCUCCUAAAAGAUGGUAAAUGGAUUGAUGUCCCACCAAUGAGCCACUCAAUUGUUGUCAACAUAGGUGACCAAUUAGAGGUGAUCACAAAUGGAAAAUACAAGAGUGUGGAGCACAGAGUAAUUGCUCGGCCAGAUGGGAACAGGAUGUCCAUAGCAUCUUUCUACAAUCCAGGGAGUGAUGCUGUCAUUUUUCCAGCACCAGAAUUGGCUGAGAAAGAAGAAAAGCAAAACAAACUAAAGUAUCCCAAAUUUGUGUUUGAGGACUAUAUGAAAUUGUAUGCAGCUCUUAAGUUCCAAGCCAAAGAACCAAGAUUUGAAGCAAUGAAUAAGGCAAUGGAAACAGCUGGCAACUUAGGUUCCAUAGCAAUUGCUUGAGAGAGUCUCAAUUUCUUCCAAUGGACUUCAUAUUUUAAUCAAAAGAUGGGCCAAAGAGAAACAAAAAUAUAUAGUUAGCACGUAUUUGAUUAAUGUUGGUAAUGUGUGAAAUGUAAGAUGUGAAUUUAUUGUUCUCAAGAGGGUCUCAUUGUAAAGUUUCAAAAACUAUUCUCUUUUAACCUUAAUAAGUAAAUUUCCUUAAUCUUCCCUAA